CCAACUUUUUUUAAAUUCGCACGCACAUGACAUGGACCAACCCUCCAAGUCUGCCAGCUCUAGCAAUGCUCCAUGACAUCGUCAAACCUGCUACAAGACGACCAGCCACCUGUUCCCUUCUUUGUCCUUCGAGGCCAUCAUGCCACCAUCCAAUGUCUCUGCUUCCACGAGGAUACACUAUUCUCUGGUGAUGCACACGGCUUCGUCAUUCGCUGGUCACUCACGACCUGUCGACCGCUCGCCAUCUGGCGUGCUCACAAAGACGCAUUAUUAACAGUUGCUUGCUACAAAAACCGUAUUGUAACGCACGGCAGGGAUAAUAAACUCCUCAUUUGGGAAAUCCUCAACGAUGACCAAAUGUCGACGCGACUCCCAUUAUCCACCACCGAGGCACGUUUGUUGAAGCCAGGUCAGGUGGAUCCGUGUACACGAGCAAAACCUUUUCUUCAGGCAAGUUUGGAUGUGAAUGCGUUGAAUUUUUGUCAAAUGAGCAUCACGCCCUCUAUACCCCGCGGCUCAUCUGCAUCUUCAUCAUCGUCACAUGCACCAGGGAUCAUGAUUGCGGUACCUGGGCUAUUGGGAAGUGAAUAUAUCGAUGUCUUUGAGAUGCCAUCGACACAUCGUCUCAUCACACGUAUCGCACCAACCUCCCCCUUUCCAUCCUCACAAACCGCACCAACGCCUGUAAGCACACCUGGUCUGAAAAAGGGUGCAGGGACAGUCAUGUGUCUGGACUUGCAGUAUCCAUACCUCGCUGCAGGAUAUGAAUCAGGUCUCGUUGUUCUAUACCUGUUGAAUGUAUCCCGCGUGGAUCCGAAAGCACAACGACAAGAUGGUCAAUGGGGAGAAGUUCAUCGCUGGCAAAUCCACCAUGAUGCAGUCUUGGGCUGUCAACUCUGUGUGCAGGAGGAUGGCGUCACUUUGUUUUCCAGUGGAAUCGAUGCGUUGAUUGCACGAUACCACGUUCCUGCUUCUAUCCUCGAUUCAUCCAUGCAAGCACUAGGCGACACGCACACGCAAGACCCUCAAUCAGACAAAAUCACCGAAAUUUAUGAUGACUCCGAAACACAAGGCAUCCGUGUCGCUGUCAGGGAUACAAAACACGCUGGUCAACAAUCACUCUGUCUACGAAACGAUGGACUCUUCCUUGCUACAGCAGGAUGGGAUGGUCGUGGUCGAGUGUAUGCUAUUCCAAAAUCCACCGAAUCUCUCAGAACAGUACAACAAGUAGCUGUGCUCAAGUGGCAUCGCGAAGGCGCCGUACAAUCUGUUGCUUUUGCUGAAAAGGGAGAGGAGACGGGUCUGCUUGCUCUUGGUGGGAAGGACGGCAAAAUUAGUCUUUGGCAGCUGUUUUGAUUGCAGUUCAGAUGUAUUGCUGCUUCGAGAUACGGUGACUAUGCUCGCACUGCCUUGCGCUCUUUCGAAUGCCUUUGCAAUGUUAAAGUAAGGUCGAAGCACAUGCGGAUGUUCCGCUCAGUGAAG